CCCUACGAAGCUCAGGUGUUCUCCCUGGAUGCCCCCCACAGCACCUACAACCUCUACUGCCCCUUCCGGGUGGGCGAGCGAGCGCGGCAGCUGGAGGUGCUGGCCCAGCAGAUCGCCACCCUGUGCGCCACACUGCAAGAGUACCCGGCCAUCCGCUACCGCAGGGGCCCAGAGGACACGGCACAGCUGGCCCACGCCGUCCUAGCCAAGCUGAACGCCUUUAAGGCAGACACUCCCAACCUGGGCGAGGGCCCUGAGAAGACUCGCUCACAGCUGCUCAUCAUGGACCGGGCGGCCGACCCCGUGUCCCCACUGCUGCAUGAGCUCACCUUCCAGGCCAUGGCCUACGACCUGCUGGAUAUCGAGCAGGACACCUACAGGUAUGAGACCACCGGUCUCAGUGAGGCCCGGGAGAAGGCGGUGCUGCUGGACGAGGAUGAUGACCUGUGGGUGGAGCUUCGGCACAUGCACAUCGCGGAUGUGUCCAAGAAGGUCACGGAGCUCCUAAAGAAUUUCUGUGAGAGCAAGAGGCUGACCACAGACAAGGCCGACAUCAAAGACCUGUCCCAUAUCCUGAAAAAGAUGCCACAGUACCAGAAGGAGCUGAACAAGUACUCGACGCACCUGCAUUUAGCCGAUGACUGCAUGAAGCAUUUCAAGGGCUGCGUGGAGAAGCUGUGCAGCGUGGAGCAGGACUUACAUGGCUCGGACGCAGAGGGCGAGAAGAUCAAGGACGCCAUGAAGCUGAUUGUACCGGUGCUGCUAGACGCUGCCGUGCCAGCCUACGACAAGAUCCGGGUUCUGUUGCUCUACAUCCUGCUACGGAAUGGUGUGAGCGAGGAGAACCUGGCCAAGCUGAUUCAGCACGCCAAUGUGCAGGCGUACAGCAACCUCAUCAGGAACCUGGAGCAGCUGGGGGCACUGUCACCAACCCCGGGUACCUCUGGGACCACCAGCCGACUGGAGCGGAGGGAGCGCUCAGAGCCCACCUAUCAGCUGUCUCGCUGGACCCCCAUCAUCAAGGACGUGAUGGAGGAUGCUGUGGAAGACCGGCUGGACCGAAAGCUGUGGCCCUUUGUAUCUGACCCUGCCCCCACACCCAGCUCCCAGGCUGCCGUCAGUGCCCGCUUCGGCCACUGGCACAAGAACAAGGCGGGCGGAGGCCCGGGCAGGCCCCGGCUUAUUGUCUACAUCGUGGGUGGUGGCAUGUCAGAGAUGCGGGCCGCCUACGAAGUGACCAGGGCCACUGAGGGCAAGUGGAGGUGCUCAUCGGCCCCACCCAACCCUGUUCUUCCGGAGGGCAUUCCACACUCUAAGGUGAACACGGACUCCAAGAUCUACUAG